AUGCACUUCACAAAGCUCUUUGCCGUCGCGGUAGUCUUCGUCACCAGCGCCCUCUCCGCCCCCCUUGACGUCGAAGCUCGCGCGUGUGCUUCAACCUGCGGAACCGUAUGCUAUACUAGCAGUGCAGUCAGUGCAGCCAAGGCCGCGGGCUACAAGCUUUACUCGGCCGGCAGCACCGCCUCCAGUUACCCACACGUUUACCACAAUUACGAAGGCUUUGACUUCUCUGUGUCUGGCACAUACUACGAGUUCCCGAUCCUCAAGAGUGGGAGUGUCUACAGCGGUGGAUCACCUGGUGCCGAUCGCGUCAUCUUCAGCACAAGCAACCAGCUGGCUGGUGUUAUCACGCAUACCGGAGCCAGUGGGAACAACUUUGUGGAGUGCUCUUAA